AUGACAUCACUAGUGAACCCCUCCUUCGAUGAGGAACUCUCCCCUCGGCCCAAGGGGAAGAAGAAGAAGAGAAAGUCCGAACGGAAGAGGAAAAGGAAAAGGUCUCCUUCCUACAGCCUGUCGCCACUGAGGAAGAAGAAAAAGAAGAAGAAGAAGAGCUCCAAGAAAAGCAAGCGGCAUAGGUACACCUCCAAGAAGUCAAAACACAGCUCUUCAAGUUUAAAACGUAAGAGGAAGGAUGAGCGCAAGCACAAGAAAAGUUCACGGACUCACUCGCGGCGGAGGCGACGCUAUCGGAGGUCAGAGUCGGACAGUUCUUCUUACCAAUCUUCCACAGAGGACAGACACCAUCUGCAGAAAUCUGUGGUACAUCAGGCUUUAGGAGAGCUGGCAGCCGUCGUCGAGGAAACCAACGGCGUGCUUGACCACACGGACAUGAAGUGGAGACCUGCAACCAAAUCAGUGUGUAAAACGGCUCCAAAAUAUCGCUCCAUCCUCUCAACCGCCACCAUUUUGUCAAAACCUGGAAGCGAGCUUUUGCACGGAAACGGGUCGCAGCAUUUAUCGAGCCGCGCCGAAGGUCCGCACGAUUACGAUUCUGGGAAUGACACGUCCUCGCCGCCGUCGAGCAAAACUGGUGUUUCUCAGGCGAGUGUCACUGACAACAAGAGGAACCAGUGUAAACGUCUGGCCUCGCCAGAGAAGCUGAAGUUCACUGACAGAGACAAUGCCUCUGAUUCAGGAAACUCUGUCACCAGCUACGCGUCCCUGUGCAAACCUUACGUGGAGGACGGCUUGUCUGCAACCCUUUUCACUGGAAAUGGCAAGAGAGAGCAGAUAACCUUGGGGUGUCGGGUGGAGGUUGUGAGAUCUCCAAAGGCUUCGGGCUGUUCUCGGAGGAUGAGCGAGACGUCUCGGAGGCGACUGAAAACCCGCUCGUCCAGCAGCAGGAGCAGGAGCAGGUCCUCGGGGAGCUCCAGAUACUCCGGGCGCUACUCUCGGAGCCUGUCGCUGUCAUCCUGCAGCACGUACUCACGAUCUCCGAGUUAUUCUGGCGAUGUGAGGCGGCGAGGCAGCGUGGCCAGCCUGAGCUCCAGAGGAAGCUACUCCAGACACAGUGCUGACAGACUACGAGCCAGACGGAGAACACAUAGCUCCAGAGAGACAGAUGUGAAACAUGCACAUAAGGUUAGUGGGAAGAGACAAAGACGCAAAUCCUACUCUCCUAUGAAGAAAAGGAGGAGAGACUCGCCAAGCCAUCUGGAAGCACGCCGAAUCACAAGUGCCAGGAAGAGACCCAUCCCUUACUUCCGCCCCAGCCCGUCCUCCAGCAGUCGCUCCACCAGCGUGUCGUCCUGGAGCAGCCUCUUCACCCGCAGCCGCAGCCGCAGCCCGCUGCACAGCGUCAGCCGCAGCCGCAGCCGCAGCUACUCCUCCUACAGGAGCUACAGCCGCAGCUCCUCCUGGAACUCAAUCUUUGGGACCCGCAGCCGCAGCCGGAGUCGCGGUUCAUUGAACAAACGCAACAAAACCAGGCAUUAAGGGUUUCCAAGAGCACAUUAAGGGAGCGAAGCGCCGGUCGGGGUUUGCCAUUUUGGGAGAACGGGGGACGGUGGAGUAAUGGACUGUGUGCUCCGCUUUGAUGCUCGAGUGGAAAUGUCGCCACAGGGGUCCGACCACGCCGUUCACUGAGGCAGUCCUGUUCUCUCUGAGACCACUGGAGACUGAAUGUCUUUUUCUUUUGUUUGUUUUGUUCCUGUUACUGCAUCCUCUUGCAUCAGCACUCACAAUGGCCUGAGACUGUUCAUCUCUUAGAUACUUACACUAGAAACUGCAGACUGAAACAGAGUCUCCACACACAUCGCUGUUCCUUAUGCACUUCACAUUGAAUUUUUCUUCUAAAUUAAGGCUUUAUAUUUAUUUUAAAUUGAUCAGAUGGUGCAUUUUUAAGGCCUGAAGGGACCAAGAAUGCUUAAAAAUGACUUGAUUUUAGUAUUUGGUGUGUUUUGGCUCAUGCAAGAGCACCAGGAGAACACUUUAACAGUAGCCAAAAGUUUGGAAGCAACUUAAAUUUUCUGUUCAAAAUGGCUUUCUUAAAAACCAGGAUGGAUUCUUUGGAUUUUUGGAUGUUUACUGCAUGAUCAGACUUUAGCUUUAUUGCACUGAACCAUUUUCCUCCAUUUACCUUUAGGUAUACAUUGAUGUUAGCAGACCAUUGCUGAAUAAAUGUUAAGAAAAGAAAAGAAGGGCUUAGUUUUAGGGUUGAGAAGAUUUUGAACAGUCACAACUUCAGUGCAAAAGUAAAAAAACAAAUCACAGUUUGCAUUAUUCACUUUAGCUCUUUGGAUUUUGAGAGUUUGGAUUCAAAAAUCCCAAUAAAUCUCAACUGUGUUCAUAUCUCUGACAAACUACAGAAAUGGCUAAAAUUUAAGUUCAGAGUUCAGAUUUAUACAUUAAGGAAAGAAGGAUACACAAAGUCUAAGCAAUAAAAACCCAAAAACCUGAUUAGAGCUGCAACAAUUAUUCGAUUAAUCGAACAAUAAUUGUAAAUUAAUCAUCAACUAUUUUGAUAAUUGAAUAAUUGGUUGGAGCCGUUUUUUUAAAGACAAUAAGUCCAAAUUCUCUGAUUUCAGCUUCUUCAAUGUGAAUAUUUCUGGUUUCUUUGUUCCUUUAUGACAAUAAACUGAAUAUCUCUUUGGUUUGUGGACAAAACAAGAGAUUUGAGGACGUCAUCUUGUGGUUUGGGAAACACAGAUUGAUAUUUUUCAACAUUUUAUUGACCAAACAACUUAUCGAUUAAUCGUUUAAAUAAUCGACAGAGUCAUCGAUAAUGAAAAUAAUCAUUAGUUGCAGCCCCAGACCUCAUAAUUAUAGUAAAAAUGUGUUCUAAUAAGGGACUCUUUAUAUAAUAAUCACCUUUUUUUGUACAAAUUUGGUCUUGCUUCCAAACUUUUGCCUGCAGUGUAUGUCGUAGUGAGUAUGUUAAGGAUUUCCAGGCCAAGAAGUGAAUAAUGGAGGAAACAUUUGAGCCGUUUGAUCAGAGCGUUCUACAAAUGGCUUCAGAGGAUCUUUGUCAGGAGUAAGGAGAGGGUUUAUCGCUCUGAUCUCUGCACUUCACAAGGUGGAAGAACAAACGCGUUUCCUCUGAAAAAUGAGACGGCGAGGGUGGCCUGACGGCGAGCAAACUGCCUGUCAGCUCAAAUGUCAAAUUAAUUUAUCCUCUGAUCAAGUGGAAAGCAAUUGAAAUGUCAGUCCAUGUAAUACAACGGAGAGCGAUCGAAACAUUGUGCAGG